AUAAAUCCUCGCGAAACAUUGCCUAAUGUUGAAGUAGCAAAUAGCUAGAAUAUCCAUAAUUGUUAUUGUAUAUUUCUUAUUUUUACUUGAAUAUUAAUGUACUAGCAGAAUUAUUUAAAAUUUAGUAAGAUGGAUCCAAUUCCAGACGUUAAAGCUAUAAAAAGUGAACCUGAUGCAGUAAAAAAUGAAGCAUAUCCAGAUUUCAACAAAGGUAUAAAUUUUAUUCAGGUGCAGGGGGGCUUAAACUUGAAAGAUGAACCGCACAUGUGGAAUUUGGAAAUGCCGAAAGAAUGUGUUGAAAUCACCAUAGACGAUAUAUGUAGUACUGAAGAUGGAGGCGAGGAAAAUAAAACAGAACUGCAGGCAGUUAAUAAUAAUAAUAAUAAUAAUAAUGGAACUGAUGAAUAUAGUAGUGAAGACAUAAAACAAAACAAUGACAAUAUUGCAAACAGCCACUGUGAUCGUGAUCAGUUUUAUAUCAACACAAACUUAAACAUGGGUGAAGCAGUCAUCUUCAAUGAUCCAAGUACAACAAAAUACAUAAAUGCUUCUCUUGCUCGUUCUCAGAAAAUACCGAGGAAAAUACUGAACACUAAAACAGCAGGGAUUAUUCGCAUUGUAGCACCUAAUGAAUAUACAGUCAUCAAGGAUAAUGAAUAUCAGUGUACAUACUGUAAAUUUACUACCACAGCCAAAAGGACUAAAACCGCAAUGAAAAAACAUAUUAUCAGGUGUCACCAGAAGGAAUUUCCAAUGUUCCAAUGUCCACAUUGUCCUUACAAGACCAUUGGCUUCAAUGAAUUGAAAUCUCAUCUACUGCAUAGACAUACAAGUGAUAAGGAUAUUCAUUGGUACCAGUGUUACAAAUGUAACAGCAAACAUAAGACAAAAUCGUCAAUAAGACAACAUGUAUACACUCAUUUCAGUUUUGAAGAGUUGCAAUUCUUUCAAAAAAACGAGUGUUCUAUAUGUGGUGUUGUUUUGAGAACUAAGGAUAGUUUAAACCGUCACAUUAGAUUCGUACAUAAUAAGGAAAAGUUGUAUUGUAAAAAAUGCAAUUUCUCAACUAUUGCAAAGUGUUCAUUGGAACAUCACAUACAAGUGACACAUACUGAAUCUACAGAUCUUCAAACAUACCAUUGCCAACAUUGCAAUUAUAAAACCAAGUUCAUGACUCGUUUAAAGGCACAUACAAGAAUUCACCAUGUAAAUCCAAAGAUAAUUUGCGAAAUAUGCGGAUACAAAUGUAAAACUCAAAUGCAAAUGAGACUGCAUCAAAUCACUCAUCAAAAAAAAAUUAACGAAAAGGAUUUGAAAUAUCAAUGCAAUAAGUGCAAUUAUAGAACUUACAGGGGAUCCAACUUGGCUGUUCAUAAACUAAACCAUCUGAAACCGAGUAAAAUCAAAUAUUUUUAUUGUUACCACUGUGAUUUCAAAGGGAAUCGCAAAGACAAUCUUAAAAAACACAUUCAAAGGCAUUUUGAAAAAGAGGUGGUGACCUUAUGGUGCUAUAUAUGUGAUUUUUCUACGAAAAGAAGAAACUUGCUCAGUGAACAUCUUGGCGUGAAACAUAAGAAAGGAAAGAAGCCAAAAAUAGAUGAUAUUUAACUUUUAACUUUUUAUAUACAUAGUACAUAUAUUAUGAAUCUUAAAAUUUUAUUGAAUGUUUACAAAAUUUAUAAGGGAUUUAUACACUUUCUUGAGGCAAAUACAUAAACCUCUUUUUUGCUAGUUUGGUUUUUUGACUGAGGUUUCAGGAAUUUUUAUUUCUCCAAAAGCUCUGUCAAACUAGCAAAAAAAAUUCCUUCAACUGCCUUAAGAAAGUGACUGAAUACCCAAUAAAUUAUUUAGAUAUAUAUACGUUAUUAUGUACACAUAUACAUAUAUCUUUUACAAAGAAAUAUUUAUUUAUAAUAACUUAGUAAGGCUUCAGUCUAUGUGGAGGGUUUGAAGCUAAAAGCUGUACCGGACUGUGGCUGUACCUAUACCAAAACACAAAGUGCUUAUUUUGCAAAUAUCUUGUUUAUAUGCACAUUAUUCUUUUAUAUAAAAAUAAAUGUUUUUGUUAAUAAUUGUACCUUACAUUGAAUUUUAUAUUUAUAUAAUGAUGGGAAAGAUACUGCUACAGAAGUUAUAGGUGUAUGGUUUUGGGGGAAAUGUCUUGAGAUGGUUUCACUCGUUUGUAACUAACAGAACACAAAGUGUCUUAGCAAACAGCAAAAGUUCCUCUGAACAAUUUAUUGACUUUGAUGUACCACAAGGCUCAGUUUUAGGUCCAAUUUUAUUCCUUAUUUAUAUCAAUGAUCUUUUGCACCUUGAUAUAUCUGAAGUUAUUGCUGCUUUUGCCGACGUUGCCAGAAACCUGGCACAAAAAAGACACUGUAGAUCUAAUCGAGAUUAUAUCUAGAGACGUUGGAUUAAUUAAGCACUGGUGUGGUACUUGGAUUCCGGUUUUACAUAGAUGAUAUAGCAUUUGACCAAUUUUUCAUCAAAAGUACUCUGUCUACCAAAUAUCUUGGCCUACACUCUACACAUAGAUGCCGACCUAAAGUUUCAAAAUCACAUAAUCUCCCUUAACAAAAAAUUAGCAUCUAGUUGUUAUUUCAUCAGGACAGUGGCUGAAAACCUAUGUACCUACAUCCAAAGACACUUCAAAAACGCGCCAUCUGUUAUAUGACCAAGGCUUCUCUUAGAUCCCUCUGCUCAUUGCUCAUAAAAUACUUACCUUACCUUGCUCAUUUAUCGUGGAGACAGUAAAUCUAAUCCACAAAAACAUUUCCAUAUUUCCUGCACAUCAAGCCAAUCGGCCUACUCGACAAAAUACUAAUAUAUCUCUUCCGAUUCCUCAUUCAACUCGUUAAUAAAUCCAUGAUAGCAACAACAAUAAUCUUUCAAGCAAAUCUCUGAGCUCUUCAAGUUCAGAAAAACAGUUACAGAAGCAAUGCUGAUUUUAUUCAAUUGACGAGUAGGUACCUACUUUAAUGUUUCCUUCUAAAAAAAACGCAUAAAUAGGCAGUCCUUCUCAUCAUGAUUCACAAAUAAAGCUGAUUCUGAUCAACAGUGACUCUUUUGCACUUUUCUUUGUUGUCUUCAAAAUUCUUAAUUUUAUUUGGAACCUACACACAAUUUUUAUUAUUACUCUGUGUCGAAGUUUGUGUAGUAUUUAAUGUCUGUUUUAAUGCGUUCUAAUGUUUUUAUAUGUUUCUGUUCAUUGCUUGUUUUUAUGAUUUGACUGACGUUUUACUA